AUGGCAGAGAUCCCGACUGUGACGCUUAACACAGGGCAAACUCUGCCCAUGAUUGGUUUGGGAACGUAUGCUGGCCCGACAGAGGACCUGCAGAGUGCGUCGAAACCUUGGAUCUUGAGUGCUUUGCAGGUGGGAUAUCGGCAUAUCGACACGGCUUACAGCUAUCACACGGAGAAAUACGUUGGGAAAGCUGUGCGAGAAUCUGGAAUCCCUCGUGAACAACUCUUCAUCACCACAAAGCUGCCGAAUAAUCAUCAUGGAUGUGUGAAGGAGUCUCUGGACAUGAGCUUGAAGGACUCGGGCUUGGAUUAUUUUGAUCUGUACCUGAUGCACUGGCCAAUGGCGUUCGAACUCGACGCCGAAUACCCCGAUCCUGUCAAUGACGGACACUUCAAGGUGCUUGAUCAUCCGGACUUUGUGGAGACUUGGAUAGAGAUGGAGGAGCUCGUAGAUACGGGCAAGGUCAAGGCAAUUGGCGUGUCAAAUCUUUCUGUCAAGACCCUCGAAUUGUUGCUCAAGACAGCAAAAGUGGUACCUGCUGUGAAUCAGGUGGAAAUCCAUCCUCUGUGCGCCCAAUUCGAACUGCAGAAGUACUGCGAGAGUAAAGGCGUUCAUGUUAUCGGUUACUCAGCGACGGGGUACGCACCCACGCAGAAUCACCCUGAAGUCAAGAAAAUAGCGGAGAAACAUAACACAUCGCCUGCCCAAGUCUCUUUAUCUUGGGUAAUUUCACGUGGCAUCACUGUCCUGCCCAAAAGUACAAGUGUUGACAGACAGAGGUCGAAUCUCCUGCUGCCUACACUUGACGAAGAAGACGUGAAGACACUCAACACCCUGAAUCAAAGCAAGCAUUUAUGCGAGUAUCCGGGACCAUUGACCUAUGGGUGGACAUAUGAGCAGCUCGGCUGGUGAGGGAGUCGAAGAUCGAGUACCGUAAGCACAAGGAGUUGUAUACUGGUGACCAAAGAAGCGUGCGAAUGUAGCAUCAGG